AUGUCUACCACAUUGUGCACUUACCUGUGCAACCUGGCGUGUCGAGGUACGGGGAUCACGAUUGCAGCAAUGACACCGCCCACCACGCUUCCACGGCCAGCAGUUGCUCAGAUCCUAAGCAGCCCAGCGUAUCCAGAUACGGUAUGGAAUCUUACACCAACGCAAAGCGGAAAAGUGCCUGUGGCGGAGGGAAGAGGAGGACCUUUUAACAUUGACUAUGAAGUUCAUGGGAAGGGCGAUAUUAAGCUUGUGUGGAUAAUGGGUUUGGGCACUAUCAAGAGUGCAUUUCAGAGACAGACGAAGGAGUUCGGCCAUGAUGAAGGAGAUAAGUACUCUUCGUUGAUUUUUGAUAAUCGAGGCAUGGGUGGAUCGGAUAAGCCAGUCCUUCGUUAUACAACUAGUGAAAUGGCCAAAGAUGUUAUCGAGUUGCUGGACCAUCUAGGGUGGACAGAAGAACGCCAACUCAACGUCUCAGGGGUCUCAAUGGGCGGUAUGAUAGCCCAAGAACUUGCCCUCUUAAUCCCCAACCGUAUCAACUCUCUAAACCUGAUCUCCACCGCCGCAGCCAUCGAGAACACAACAACCUGGGCGGAAAAUCUCUGGACCCGCAUCAGUAUGUUCAUUCCAAAAUCUCUUGAUAAAGCUAUUGUAGACGGCUCCCGCAUGCUCUUCUCAGACGCCUGGCUGGACUCCCCAGAUGACACUGAGGUUCCCACAACCUCCACCCCAGGAGUCAUCUUGCCCCCCUCGGGGGCCUAUAAAAAAUGGGCCACAAACUACGAGCGCUUUGCAGCGCACGAGCUAGUCAAGCGCUUAAACCCAGUAGAUUUUCCUAGAAAGGGGUUUAUUCUACAGGCGAUUGCGGCGGGGUGGCAUUAUAAGAGCGCAGAUGAUUUGAAGAGGCUUGGGGACGCCGUAGGCAGGGAGAGGAUUAUGGUUAUGCAUGGAACGGCGGAUAAGAUGAUCACCCUGCCGCAUGGACGAAAAUUGAUUGAGAUGUUAGCGCCUGGCACUGGAUUGAUUAAGGAGGGAAACGGACAUGUUUUUAUGGUUGAAGAGUGGAAAUGGCAUAACGAGAUGGUUAGGAAGAUGGCUGAAAAGGGGCUGGAGUUUAAUAGGGAAGGCAAGAAGCCGUGA